AUGGUGGCUACACCUGAGUCAUCUCCCGCGUACUCAAUGUCGUCUACGCCAUGGCCUGACCCUGAGCCUGGCCAAGCGCUCUGGAAGAGUCAGUCAUGGGCAGGAUGGACUCGAGAUCUUGAAGAUGAGCUCAAAACAAUUCAAGCGGUAUACGACGACUACAUUGAUCGCGUCGAGGAUCGCCUCCGAUCUGAAAAGAAAAGGAAGAAAGCUUUGAUCAGGGAGGUACAACGUCUCAACGAGGACUUAGAUGCCGCGAAAAAGGCCAAUGACAUCGAAAAGAUGCAGCGCCAGAACGCGCUGGCGCUCAUUGAUGCCGCUAGACAGGAACUUGUAACUUCCGCCAGCGACGAGACCCACGAAUCCUUCGACCUUCCCUCUACGGCGCUCAUCACCGAACGCAUCCCCGCCCUGCCCGAUCCGACCCGGAAUCUCCUCAUCGACAGGUUUUGUCCAGAGGACAUGCCUGAGAUCAAUAGAAACGCCCCGAGGAACAAGGAUAUUGUAGCCCAGAUCUACCUAGGACGACGAAGAGCCCCCAGCACGCCGCCACCUUGGAACUUUUCGCUACGGAACUACAACCUGCAGCCAGAUCAGAUCCACUUAUCCGCCAACGUCGACAGCUACGAUAUUGAGUUCGUCCUCGGCGGUAGCAGUCAGAUGACCAAGUAA